UAUUCCGAAUAGGUGAGCCUACCUAUUCGAAUGACAUCAUAAUAGGUCCGGCCGGAGAAAUGAUCUAUACAAUUAUUAGCCACGCCGUUGUCAUAUUGUUGUUAUUUGGGUCAUAAUACGAUGCGUGAUUUUCUGCCGAGAUUUUCUUGGCCUCUAGAAAAUACUUGGACUGUGCAAGCGUAUGUAUCCAUGGGUUUUCCAAUUGCACAGAAUUGAAUGUUGCAGCAAAGUAGUCGAAUGGACCGGUGAUCGCAGACGUCCGCAGAGUUCAGCUCAGCUGCCAGCGAUGGCGAAUCUUCAUUAUCUUGUCAGCUUGCAAUUGUGCGUUUCAGUAGGCCUUGGCCUACUUUUCUCAAGCGUGUGUACACUUGUAAGUCAGUCGAAGGAACUGCAAGUAGAUUCGCUAACUUACUGUGCCGCUUCAAUAGAAGGAUACGGAAUAAUUAAUUUACUGCCUUUGGAUAACAUUAACGAAGAUCCGUCAAAGAGACCGAGGUUCUACGUUGUAUAUAAAGACCCAACAGAGCGUUACACAAUCAGCUACAAUUACACAUUUAAUCCUUGUACCUUUUUCAACGAACCCGAGGACCCUCAUCAAGUUGACGGCUUUGGGGAUAAAUGUAUUCAUGUGGCAUUUUGCAAGUUCAAUAGGGACAAGAGACGACAUUACUACUAUCCUUAUGGAUUACAGAAAACCGCCAAAUUCUCAGCAAAUAUUUUGGAAAAUAAAUCGGAUUCGGCCCAAUUCUUCCUUUCUUUUACUGGAAGUGGAUCGGUGUCCAUGAAAGUGACAAGAAUUCAUCUCAAAUGUAAUAGAUCCUUGGUUGAUGCUGAAGAUGCAAUAUUUUCUAUCCAAAAGGAUGAUGAACGGUUUGGCAUUACUGCUGAGUUGCAUCACUUGUGUUGCUGUCCAGACGCCUGUGUUAAUGGACUACCCUCAGAGCUGCCGCCAGAACCGCCGAGCCCAGACAGUUCUAAUCUGUUGGUGAUUGUCGCGGGUAAUGCUGGAGUAAUACUGCUGGCCUGUGGUGUAGGCGUGAUGUGUUACCUGAAACGUACCCACCUCCAGUUCUAUUCCAAAUUACCAGGCAUACAGCAGCCAGCUACUAUUCAGUAUCAGUUAGGUAGUAUUGAACAGAAAAUGGAUGGCAAGAUUGUCGAUGGAGCUUGUCCUUCAGCCUUCCGUGACUACGAACUUGAGAGUUCAAGAAAGGAGAAGAAAUUUCUCAUCCCAGUGCUAGAGGACUGUGUUAUUCCAAGUCAGGAGCUAGAAAUGGCACAGAGACUUGGAGGCGGUAUUUACGGGGACACACAUGUCGGACACUGGCAGGGUAUGAAAGUCGCUGUCAGUCGAAUUACCAUCAAUAUACAUGCCAACCAAGUCAACUCCGAGGUGCUCAAAUUUAUGAGAGAUGAAGUCUGGUUUUUAAGUCGUCAGAGACAUCGCAACAUUGUGUCAAUGAUUGGUCUGUCUGUAGAAAAGAAACUGCCGUACAUCAUUUCUGAGUUUGUGCACGGGGAGAGUGUCAAGUUCUUCAUACAGCAUCGCAGCUCCUCGAUCACUUGGCCUCUCAGGAUUAAAAUUUGUCUGCAGACCUCAGAUGGAAUGGCCUAUCUUCAUUCUACAAAACCUACCAUUUUACACAGGGACCUGCGCUGUGCAAAUAUCUUCAUCACACACAAUAACAUUGUGAAGGUGGGUGAUUUUGGUUUGAUCAAACUUAUACAACCAUUCCGGGAGAUGUGCCAGGCAGAGGAGUGUUGUUGCCAGAGUCACCACAGUGCCUGUCCGAUGUCGGUGCGGUGGACGGCUCCGGAGAUAUUACAGAAUCCUGCCUCUAAGGAAGCAGAAGGAACCAUCACAACCAGUUCGGAUGUGUUCUCUUUCGGAAUGGUCAUGCUGGAACUUCUAACACUGGAGGAUCCAUUUGAUGAGGUGGAAUCAGAAGAACAGGUAUCGGAGAUGAUCCAGGAGGGGGCAGAGCCAGACCUACCACAGGACAUGGAGAUACUUCCCCAGUACAAAAUUCUCAUGCAGCAAUGUUGGCAUAGCAACCCAGAACAUCGACCCACAUUCAAACAGGUUGCCACAAGACUUAAAGAACUGAUUCCACAGGCGAGAAACUUCCAGAAAGCUAUCAGUGUUAAACAGAAAUCCCCACAAGCCAGUGUUGUCUGAAGUAGUGGUGUGAUACCUGUGUAGUUAUGAUGGAGGAAGAUAUACUUGAUAUAUAUCUACAUAGAUAUACACAGGUAUAAUCUACAUUGAAAUAUAAAUUUUGAUCUUGAUUUCCGAAAAUAGGACAUGGAGCUUUGAGAACAUGACAAAUUUUGUCAUAAUAUAAAGAGGUUCUGUCGAAUUGGUAUGUUGAAAAUACAAAAUUGUGCAGUGUUGUUUUGAAUUGAAAGUAUUACUGGCGACAUUGCUGAGGUUUUGCUGCCAGUUCAAAACCGAGAGAAUAUAUACAACUUACCUGAAUUUUGCAUACAGGUAGGGAAGAGUCUACUGUUGAUAUACCACAUGUAUCAAAACAAAGUCAACAAAAUGAGAAAUAUAUCAAGCUGUAUGUUUGAUGUGGUGUAACUGUCUUCCUUUUCUCGUCACAAUUGUGACAACACCAUAGAGAAUGUAUUGUAAGAUUGAACUGUCGCAUAUCUACUUCUUAACUCAUUAACCCCUGAAAUUUCAUAAUGCACUAUUCCAACCAUUGAAUUGGAAGAGUUCAAAUGUGUCUUCAGGGGUGAAUGAGGUUAAUACCCCAAAACAUUUUGGAAGACAGAAGAUUCGGUACUCGGUUGUUUCCAUACAUGUAUAAGACAUAUCGGUACUACCAAUAAAGUAAUUUUUAUAUUUUAUAACAUUUUCGGCACUUAGAAAGACUUUUUAAUUUUGUUCCCUUUUUGUGUGUUAAGUGAGUUGCUGACUUCAUAUGUUAAGAUUCUUUAGUAUUUGUCAUCUUUACGAAGAAGUAACAGUACUGAAACAUCCUAUUCUUAGGGACUGAUACUACCUGGUACCGAAUCGUCUAGGAUUUAACAUUUCUCUCUUGCUCAUGUGCAUCCUCGAUACUCCAGGGGUUACGCUCACUUUCGCUCUCAACACACCUGGAAUAUGUCAUAGCGAAA